AUGACCGGCUCGAUCAUUGCAACGGCAAUACCUCAAAUUACCACUCACUUCAAGUCGCUGGAAGACAUCGGCUGGUACGGUUCAGCUUCUCUUGUCACAACAUGUUGUCUGCAGCCUUUCGUGGGCAAGAUAUACACGCACUUCCCAACCAAGCACACAUUUAUUAUCUUCAUGAUCAUCUUUACCAUUGGGUCCAUCAUCUGCGGCAUGGCUUCAUCUUCAAAGAUCCUCAUCGGGGGAAGAGCCGUUCAAGGUGCUGGGGCCGCUGGCUUGCUGAAUGGCGCUUUCACUGUCAUUGCCGCGGUUGCUCCUCCAGAUAAGAAGCCAAUGUUUACUGGGGUUGGCAUGGCGUUAUCGACCGUUGGUCAAGUCAUUGGCCCAACCAUAGGCGGUGCUCUGACAGAACGAGUCUCGUGGCGCUGGUGCUUUUACAUCAACUUGCCUUUCUCUGGCCUCGUUCUUCUGGUUCUGUGCACUCUCUCAAUCCCAGAGCAAACAGAGAAGAAGCCCGUUCGGUCGACUUGGCGGGCAACAGUCAAAGAAGAGCUUGACCUUCUAGGAUUUGCACUUUUCGCUCCAGCAUGCGUCAUGUUCCUCCUCGCAAUCAUCUGGGGCGGCAACAAGUUUGCAUGGAGAUCCUCCGCCAUCAUCGGGCUUUUCUGUGGUGCUGCUGCUACGACGAUCGUCUUUGUUCUCCGGGAGACACGCCGCGGCGAGAAAGCCAUGAUACCUCCAAGUAUUAUUCGGAAGCAGCUGGUCAUCUUCGGUUGUAUCACCAACCUGCUCGGGAUGGCUUCGAACUUGACGCUUGCCUAUUAUCUUCCUCUUUGGUUCCAGGUCGUCAAAGGAGAGUCGCCGCUGAUGAGUGGUGUGAUGGUACUGCCAACAGCGAUAGCUCAAAGCAUUGGUGCAGUCCUGGCAGGGAAGUUCGUUCAGGUCUUGAGGUACUGCGCUCCUUGGGCCAUGUUUGGAUCCAUGAUUUCCUCCAUCGGCUCAGGUUUGAUGACAACAUUUGUGCCUUCGACUGGUGCAGGAGCGUGGAUUGGGUACCAGAUUCUUGUCGGGUUGGGCCGUGCAUCGGUCAUGCAGAUACCGAUCAUCGCGAUUCAAGGAUUUUUGCCGCCCAAGGAACAAGCCAUGGCAACUUCCCAAGUCUUCUUCUUCCAGUACUUAGGGGGCACAGUCUUUCUUGCUGUUGCUGAGACCAUCUUCACGAGUGCUCUGCGCUCUGGGCUGCGUGACGAUGCACCUAAUGUCAAUGCCGAAUUGAUUAUCAACGCGGGUGCAACGGCUGUAAGGUCAGUAUUGUCAGAAGCCAACCUACCGGGCGUGUUGCGAGCUUAUAACCACGCCAUCAUCUGCACCUUUAACCUGGCAGUUGCAGGCACAUCAGCAGCAUUCUUCGCAUGUAUUGGGUUGGGCUGGAAACCGCUUCCACACAAAGCGACAGAAAAGAGAACGGAGAAGGAUGUCGAAGGCCUCAAAAGGACAGAAUGCAACUCAUUGGCGGCCGCCUAA